AACUCUUAAAGAAGGAAUGUCACGGCUGUGCACAUGUGGGAUCCGGAUGUCCUCUGAGUCACAAAUCCUGGAAGUUCAGGGUCAUAGAGAGGAAGCCCUGCUGGUCCCUGCAAGGCCUUCCUGUUUUGGCCCUGAAGACCAGGAAGCAGGCACUCCAGGGCCAAAGUUCCCUCACCAGGGGCUCAGAAUUUCCUUUGAGGCCUGGGCAGGGCUUGGAAAUGUCCCUGCUACUGAGAUGUGGAAAGUGAAGCAUGGAGCUUGCUGGGACUUCUCAGAAGGACAAGGCUGUGGGUUUCUUAUUUGGGGCCUCUGGACUGCACCCCGUUCUGGAAGGGGUAUGGACGGCUAGGUUCCAGAGGGUGUCACCUCCUGUCGUCCGGACCUCGCCAUGCGGACUCCGCGAGUGCCCCCUCCCCGCCUGGCCCUAUUGCUCCUGCUGCUGCUCCUGGGGGGCGCCCACGGACUCUUCCCCGAGGAGCCACCGCCGCUCAGCGUGGCCCCCAGGGACUACCUGAACCACUAUCCCGUGUUCGUGGGUAGCGGGCCAGGACGCCUGACCCCCGUAGAGGGCGCCGAUGACCUCAACAUCCAGCGGGUCCUGCGGGUCAACAGGACGCUGUUUAUCGGAGACAGGGACAACCUGUACCGGGUAGAGCUGGAGCCCCCCACUUCCACGGAGCUUCGGUACCAGAGGAAGCUGACCUGGCGCUCCAACCCCAGCGACAUCAACGUGUGUCGGAUGAAGGGCAAGCAGGAGGGCGAGUGUCGAAACUUUGUAAAGGUGCUGCUACUUCGGGACGAAUCCACCCUCUUUGUGUGCGGUUCCAAUGCCUUCAAUCCUGUGUGCGCCAACUACAGUAUAGACACACUACAGCCCCUCGGAGACAACAUCAGUGGCAUGGCCCGCUGCCCAUAUGACCCCAAACACGCCAAUGUCGCCCUCUUCUCUGAAGGAAUGCUCUUCACAGCCACGGUUACCGACUUCCUAGCCAUUGAUGCCGUCAUUUACCGCAGUCUUGGAGACCGACCCACUCUGCGCACCGUGAAACACGACUCCAAGUGGUUUAAAGAGCCCUACUUUGUGCAUGCCGUGGAGUGGGGCGGCCACAUCUACUUCUUCUUCCGGGAGAUCGCAAUGGAGUUUAACUACCUGGAGAAGGUGGUGGUGUCCCGCGUGGCCCGGGUGUGCAAGAAUGAUGUGGGAGGCUCCCCUCGCGUCCUGGAGAAGCAGUGGACGUCCUUCCUAAAGGCGCGGCUCAACUGCUCCGUGCCUGGGGACUCCCACUUCUACUUUAAUGUGCUGCAGGCUGUGACUGGUGUGGUCAGCCUGGGGGGCCGGCCCAUAGUCCUUGCCAUUUUCUCCACCCCCAGCAACAGCAUCCCCGGCUCUGCUGUCUGCGCCUUUGACAUGACACAGGUGGCUGCCGUGUUUGAGGGCCGCUUCCGCGAGCAGAAGUCCCCUGAGUCCAUCUGGACGCCUGUGCCGGAGGAUCAGGUGCCUCGGCCCCGGCCUGGGUGCUGUGCAGCUCCCGGCAUGCAGUACAACGCCUCUAGCGCCUUCCCUGAUGAGAUCCUCAGCUUUGUCAAGACCCACCCCCUGAUGGACGAGGCAGUGCCCUCGCUGGGCCAUGCGCCCUGGAUAGUACGGACUCUGACACGGCACCAGCUGACUCGAGUGGCUGUGGAUGUGGGCGCUGGCCCCUGGGGCAACCAGACUGUCGUCUUCCUGGGCUCCGAGGCGGGCACCAUCCUCAAGUUCCUCGUCUGGCCCAACGCCAGCACCUUGGGCACCUCUGGGCCCAGUGUCUUCCUUGAGGAGUUUGAGACCUACCGGCCAGACAGGUGUGGACAGUCAGGUGGCAGUGAGACAGUGCAGCGGCUGCUGAGCCUGGAGUUGGAUGUGGCCUCAGGAGGCCUGCUGGCGGCCUUCCCCCGUUGUGUGGUCCGCGUGCCCGUGGCCCGCUGCCAGCAGUACUCAGGGUGCAUGAAGAACUGCAUUGGCAGUCAGGACCCCUACUGCGGGUGGGCUCCUGAUGGUUCCUGUAUCUUCCUCAGCCCUGGCACCAGGGCCACCUUUGAGCAGGACGUGUCCGGGGCUAGCACCUCAGGCUUAGGGGACUGCACAGUGUGUGUGUGUGUGUGCAUGCCAUGUUCGUGUGCAAGGGGCCAGGAAGGGGAGGGAAGUGUGCGUGUGUAUGCCCACGAGGCCUGCUGCCGGUGUGUGCGUGGGGAUGGGCACUCAUGCAGGGUGUGUGUCUGUGUGUGAGUGCGGCGGCUCCAGCGGCCUGGGCGUUGGCUGAGCCAACACAGGGGCUUCCAGAAGGCCAGGGGGGCCCCACGGUGCCGGUUAGGAAUUUGAGGGGAGACAGAGAGGGGGUUUCAGGGAGAGGGGCCUGCCCAUAAGUCACACUGGCAGCAGCUGUGUAAAAGCCCCGGGGGCAGCAAAGGUGGGUGGGCCCCCCUGUAAAUAUGGCCCCAGGGUGGUCAGAGGGUCCCACGUCACCUGUCCCCUUGUGACCUCCCCUUUGACCUCCAGCUGACCAUGCAUGCCAGCUGAGUGGCCAGCUGAGACCUGGACCCUCUCUGGAAUUUGCCUCCCCAACCCCCUCCACAUCAAUAAAACUGUUUACAACCACCGGC